GAACCCCCUGUGCAUGCUGUAUCAUACGCGGGUGCUCGUGUGCUUGCCCAGGUUCACGCCGUCAUGGUCCUAAUCGGGGAUUACAUGAUUGGUUGGCCCCACCCCUGCCUCUCUUCUUCACUCCCAGAGUGCCUCGGCUAUGCGUGAUACACUGAAACCACAAUCAGCUGGCUUGCCGCUAGCCACCCGGGCUUGCUACAAAGUCUCAUCUUGACGACUCCCGGUCCUCGCUCUUCCCCUCUUCCUCCUCCUCCUUCUCCUCCCUCUCCUCCUUCUCCUCCACACUUUUUCCCUAGACCAUCCCACCAUUCAUCCUCGCUUUUUCUCGAUUCCCCACACGAGUUCGCUUGCUGGGCAUUCACACACCCUUUGCCUACCAUCGACCUCUCGAAAACCAUCUUGCCAACUCUAGUCCACCCAAGUUCCCUAUUCUAACCUCACCUCGUUAAAAUGGCUCCCCGAGUGAUUGUUGUUGGUGGCGGUUGUAAGUAUCCCCGACCCAAACCCACCGGUCGCGGCAUUAACCGCGGGGCAAGUGAUUUAGCUAAUCCGCUACUUGGCAGUAUCCGGUCUCAGCGCCGCCCACACUCUGUAUUUGGCUGGUGCCAAUGUUCUUGUUCUGGACAAGCAAGGUUUGUAAACUUAAGACCUCCCUCUGCUCAUGGCGGAAUAGAGCUUAAUGGUUGCCUCAGGUUUCUUUGGAGGAAACUCCACCAAAGCGACCUCGGGUAUCAACGGCGCCCUCACCCGGACCCAGGUAGACUCGAACAUUCAGGACAGUGUCCAGCAGUUUUACAAUGACACCCUGAAGUCGGCACGCGAUAAGGCAAGGCCAGACCUCAUCAAGGUCCUCACGUACAAGUCUGCUGCGGCAGUCGAAUGGUUGCAAGAUGUAUUCGGCCUUGACCUUACACUCGUUUCUCGUCUCGGGUGCGUCUGUUUCUGCGGAGCUGUCAUGCGUUUGCUCUCGGAGGUCUAAUUUCUGCAUAGUGGUCACUCCCAGCCCCGUACCCAUCGUGGCCAUGAUGCCAAGUUCCCCGGCAUGGCCAUUACUUACGCGCUGAUGCAGCGCCUUGAGGAGCUUGCGGAGAAGGAGCCGGCGCGAGUCAAAAUCAUCAAGAAGGCUCGCGUUACAAAGCUCAACAAGGAGAGUAACAAGGUGACCGGUCUCGACUUUGAGUAUGAGGGAAAGACUUAUACCGAGAGUGGACCUGUCGUUCUCGCCACCGGCGGUUACGCUGCGGAUUUCACAGAUUCUUCCUUGCUGAAGAAGUACCGCUCUGAUGUCUACGGACUCGCUACCACCAAUGGCACCCACGCCACUGGCGAUGGACAGAAGAUGAUUAUGGAAAUUGGUGGUAACGGCAUCGACCUUGACAAGGUGCAGGUGCACCCAACCGGCUUGGUGGAUCCCAAGGAUCCUGGAUCCAAGUGGAAGUUCUUGGCUGCUGAGGGUAUGAUAAGCUCUCAAUUUUUUGCCUGCCCCGGAUAAUAGUUGCUAAUAUUCUCCGCAGCUCUUCGUGGUGAGGGCGGUCUUCUCCUUAAUGCCGAGGGUAACCGAUUCUGUGAUGAGCUCGGCCAUAGAGAUUACGUCUCUGGUGAGAUGUUCAAGAACAAAUUCCCCAUCAGACUUAUCCUCAACAGCAAGUCCUCCAAUGUUCUUGACUUCCACACAAGACAUUAUUCGGGUCGCGGUCUCAUGAGGAAGAUCACCGGUCAGGAACUAGCCAAGGAGAUUGGUUGCGGCCCCCAACACCUCCAGAAGGUAUUCAAAGAAUACAAUGACAUUUCCGAUGGCAAGAAGAAGGACCCAUAUGGAAAGAAAUUUGUGAGUUCGCCGCCUUACGUCCAAACGGGACACCAAUCUAACAACCUAUAGUUCCAUAACGGCCCCUUCGACAUCAACGACGACUUCCACGUCGCCCUCAUGGAGCCCGUCCUUCACUUUACCAUGGGCGGUGUUGAGAUUGACGACAAAGCUCGCGUCUUGAACAGUGAGAAGAAGCCCUUCGAUGGUCUCUUUGCCUGUGGUGAAUUGGCGGGAGGUGUCCACGGAGCCAACCGUCUCGGUGGCUCCUCCCUCCUCGGAUGUGUUGUCUACGGCCGUGUAGCCGGUGACUCUGCCUCAGAGUACCUCUUCCAGCAGGUCCUCACCGGUGCCUCUUCCUCCGCCGUAGCCCGUCUGAACCAGAUCUCCCUUCACAUCGACCCUAACAACCCUGGAAGACUCACCAUCGAGUGGGCUGGCCAGCGUCUAUCAAACGAGGGCUCAAGCGCUAACAUCCCCGGGCAGGCGCCAACACACUCGGUACUCAAGGAUGGCUCUGAGGGAUCCGAUCCCGGAACCGCAGGGAAGCCCACUGCCAAGGAGUUCUCCAUUCCUGAGAAGGAGUAUACGAUGGAGGAGGUUGCAGAGCACAACAAGAAAGAGGACGUAUGGGUUGUUGUUAAGGGUCUUGUCAUGGACCUCAGCGGCUUCCUGGAGGACCACCCCGGCGGUGUUCAGGCCAUUGUGAAUUUUGCCGGUAGGGACGCUACAGAGGAGUUUGCAAUGCUGCACGAUGAUGAGGUCAUCCCGAAGUAUGCUCCUGGGACGGUGAUUGGAAGGGUGAAGGGUGUAACUCCUAAGUUGGACCUUUGAGUUUGUCAAUCUUUUCUCCUUGUUCGGGGUGGGCAGUAUGGUAGAACUGUAUGUACGGUGCAGUAAUUACCCAUUUUCGCGUUUCCUUUCUUUUAUUCUGAGCCAACCUGUAACGAAGCGGGAUUGUUUAUAGGUUCUUUUUCUUUUUUUCUUACUUUUUUUCUUUCCCUUUUUCUUUUUUUUUUUUUUUAAGUAAAUCAGAACUAAACCGGAGUAAACUUUCAUCACUCGAUCCUAUGCCCUGGGAGGGGGCCUUGAUACGGUGUGUAAAGUACGGUACAUUUAAGCUCUCAUCUAAGCUGGCUAGCCCUCCACAGUGCUGUAUCAACACUCACCUCAAAUCUUUACAUGGAUGAAUGGGCCACACUGUACGAUAAAAGAAAUAAAGCCCGUCAUAUAAAUAAAUCACUCGUUCCCCUUCCCCCCGGUAUCACAGUAAUAAUUAGAUAUGUAAUUGCUCGCCGUGCUCCGACGCUAGUCUUCACUGUUGAUAGAUGGAUAAGGGAUAGAUACGAACAAUAUGGCGCAGUAUUGUAGUGUAUAUAUUGGUAGUGUCAUCUGCAGUAAGAGAUGAUAGUGUAGGGUAAGGUG